AUGGCUUAUGCAGUUCUUGGAGCGACAGGGAACUGUGGUACUGCGUUGAUCCAUCAACUCCUCCAGUCACCCGCCCAAAUCCACGCCUACUGCCGAAACAAACCCAAGCUAUUAGGCCUGAUUCCCGAGCUUGCCGAAAGCAAAAAAGUGCAGAUCUUCGAAGGUAGCAUUCACAAUGUCGCCCUCCUCACCGACUGCCUCCGUGGCGCUCGGGCAGUCUUCCUCGUGGUCUCCACCAACGACAAUAUCCCCGGUUGUCGCAUGGGACAAGAUACAGCCCUCGGGGUAAUUCAAGCACUUGAAACCCUACGCGCCGAAUCAAGUGAUGUCAUUAUCCCGAAACUCGUGCUUCUAUCAUCCAACACGAUCGACGAUCAACUUUCCCAACAUACCCCGCCCUGGGUCCGAUGGAUCUUGCUACGAUCGGCAUCGCAUGUCUACCAUGAUCUUCGGGUGACCGAGGAUCUUCUCCGCGCGCAACAAGAAUGGUUCUCGACCAUCUUCAUCAAACCUGGAGGGCUGUCGGUGGAUGUAGUGCAUGGGCAUGCGUUGAGUUUGACGGAGGAGCGUAGCCCUUUGUCCUAUGCGGACCUGGCUGCAGGGAUGAUAGAGGCGGUGGAUGAUCCCGAUGGGAAGUGGGAUAUGCGGAAUGUAGGGGUUUUGUCGGUCAAUGGACCUGCCAAGUUUCCCCGUGGUGGCCCUAUGUGUAUUGCAAUGGGUUUUAUUAGACACUACUUGCCUUUUCUGCAUCCUUAUUUGCCUUCCACUGGACCGGCCUAG